UAUGUAGCAGAAGCCGCAUUGUUUUGAUUAGCAGAAUAAUUUAACAACGGAUUACCUGGCGUCAGGGCGACGCUUACUGUAGCCGAGCGGUUCCCACACCUUUUCUGGUGGGGCCCCCUUUUGGUUUCUAAGAACAUUUUUCACAUCCGCAGAAGUGAUGGAUGAGCAGACGAGCACUCCGGCAGCCAAUGCUGACAACAACAGCCAGAGAAAUGGAGAUGAGAAACCUCGACGUGGCAGCUGGACCAAAGGGAGGAAGCGAAAGAAGCCAAUGAAGGACAGUAACGCGCCCAAAGCUCCCUUAACGGGCUACGUCCGCUUCAUGAACGACAGACGGGAGCAGCUACGAGCCGAGCGUCCCGACGUGCCCUUCCCAGAGAUCACAAGGAUGCUGGGCAACGAGUGGAGCAAACUCCCCCCGGAGGAGAAGCAGAGAUACUUGGACGAGGCGGAGAAAGAUAAGGAGCGCUACAUGCGGGAGUUGGAGAAGUACCAGAAGACGGAGGCCUACAAGCACUUCACCAGGAAAGUCCAGGAGAAGCAGAAAGGCAAGAGGCACCGGGCAGAUGUCGGACACCAGGUUGCCAACGAGGCUCUCCAUGAGAAAGAUGCAGAGGGGAAGGACAGGACUGUGUUCGACAUCCCCAUCUUCACCGAGGAGUUCCUCAACCACAGCAAAGCGCGAGAGGCGGAGAUGCGGCAGCUGCGUAAGACCAACAUGGAGUACGAGGAGCGCAACGCGGCCCUGCAGAAGCACGUGGAGAGCAUGCGCGGGGCGGUGGAGCGCCUGGAGGGGGACGUGGUGCAGGAGCGGGGACGCAACGGGCUCCUGCGCCAGCACCUGGAGACGCUGCGCCAGGCGCUCACCUCCAGCUUCUCCUCCGUGCCCCUGCCAGGCAGCGGAGAGACGCCGACCCUCGACACCAUCGACUCCUACAUGAAGAAGCUCCACACCAUCGUCGUCAGCAGCCCGCAGGAGCACGACAGUCUCAUCAGCACCGUGCGGGACGUCGUCAACCGCCUGGACAGAUAAUCAGAGCCGGGCCGGUUUCCAGCGCCGCUCAGACGACGCCCCGCUCCGGGUCGGCCCUUCACUCCCAAACGUCUGGUCUUCUCGUCAACCUGUCGUCCCCGUCGACUCGUAGACGACGGUCAUUACUCUGCCACGGUCGUGCAGCUGAACACGGUCUAACGUCAAUAUUUAUUUAUUAUUUCUAAGAAAAAAUUAACAGCUGUUUACACUUGUUUUAAUGAGGCUGUAGUUAAUUUAAAACAUUUAUACGAGACACUUCCACAGCAGUACCGCCGUUAUAAAACAUGUAGUUAGAGCAUUUGUGUUGAUCAUAUCUAAGAAACUGUCCUUUUGUCAUAUUGUGUUGAAUAAUAAUGUGCCAUUAUCGUUAUUAUAUUAUUAUUGUUUUUCUUUUCCAGUGUGAAGAUGUUUGUAUUUUCAAUAAAUGUGUUUUCAUCA